AUGUGUUUCUUUUCAUAUAAUACAGCUUCAGUUACAGAGGUAAUGUCGAAUGACAAUGACAUGAAGAUUGGCUUUGGAGACGAUGUUGAUAUUGAAUAUCAGGUUGAAGCUAAAGACUUACCUCUUUUGGCCAUUGAUUCCUUGUUUAGUUCUGAAAGCGAAGAUGACGAUGUCAUUGGAGCAGUUAUUUUGGAUAUUUCUGACAGUGAAUCUGAAGAUGUUAGGGUAUACGGAGAGUCCGAUAUAGUUCCAGGGUGUUGUAAUUUCGAGACGCUUUCUGGUAGAGAAUGUAGAAAUACUUUUUUUCUUUGCAACAUCAAGAUCCUUGAGUAUCCCAACAAGGAUCUACAUUGGAAUAAUCCGAAAGACGGCAAUGCUUUACUAUCUGUGAAUCACGAGUGCUCCAUUAUGCUUGCCAUGAACAUCCAUUCGUUUCAGCCUUUCGAUGGUGUCAGUUGUCCCUGUAGUGCGAUAUAUCUUUGCAUCAACAACUUGCCCACACCAGAACGGUACAAUAAAGGAGAAUACUGUCUUCGUUGGUCUCAUUCCAGGACCCAAGGAAUUUCCAUCUUGUGUUAUUUUCUGUGGUGCUCUUAUUCUUGCUGCCUGGAAAAACUGUUUGACCCGAUUUACUUCCACCUCGUUGAAUGCACUGUCAUCGAUCCGAUGCACAACCUGUAUAUCGGUACAGCGAAGAGGGUAAUGGCGAAAUGGAGAUCUUCUGGUCUCAUCACAGAUGCACACUUGGCUGCAACACGGGUUGAUGCUGAAAAUGUUUUACUGUCAGAAUACUACACAUCAUUGGGUACAAGGAUUGGGCGUGGUUUCCCAUUCAUGAAGGCAAAUGAGUGGAAAGAGUGUGAGGUGUUAUAUCAAGCUCCGUUUGGUUCACCAAAGAUGCAUCUGCAUUUACGUUUGCGAGAGAGCGUCCUUAGCUUUGGCCUGGUUUACCGCUCUUGGCUGUUCGGUCUCGAAAGAUGCAACGGCUUUUCGAAGGAUUAUAUGACCAAUAGAAGAGACGGGUUCGAAACAAUGUAUAUGAAGAAGUGUCUUGAGGAUACAUACCAGGAAGACUUUAUUCGACAAACUUUGCUUGUAAUUCAAUCUGGGCAUUCGGCGAUCAUCCUUGAGCUCACUACAUCUACUGCCGCCGCCAUACUAUCCCAUAUCAAUGCUGUUCUUGGUUCUCAUGAGAUCAAAUUUGUUAUCGUCAAGGUAAACGAGCCUCUGCUGCCUUCCGCACUUCCUUUAGCUCUAAAGGGAGAGAUUUCCAUGGAAGAAUCCGAGUAUGAGCAUUUGUCGUCAAUUAUCACGAGCCAAAUAUACAGGAGCAAAACAAGGAAUCAGCGGGGGUCAUUUAUGCAAGCCUUGUUUGAGACAAGUGAUGGUAGAAGUACCAAGCCGUAUGUAGACCAGAUUCAAUAUUUCUUUGUCAAUACUGCUGUAAACUUGUUUGCCAGUUAUUUGAGCCAGCAUGUAUUUGCAUGCGUACGAUGGUACAAGGAGAUUAUGCUUCAGCCCAGAGCAGGAGAAGGGGUUGAGGUGAAAGAGGUGGGAUUCAAAGAUGCUAUCAUGAACAGUAUUCUUCCUGCAUUUAGAAUCUGCUAUCCAGUUGUGCACUAUUCCGGCAAAGUGACUGCCAAAUUCUUGGGAAUGCACGCUUCCUUUUCAUCAUGGAUGUGCGUUAACAAGCUGUUUGCCCAAAAAAAAUGUAGUGACCUAUCUUUUUCUCGCUGA